AUGGAAACACAACGCGGAACUUCGCUGUCGCAAAAGUGUGGGUUUCGUGCUGAUUCCCGUGGCGCACGUGCGCUCCCGCUGGCGGCCGUCUGGGGGCGUAGUCACAGGGUUGUGCAUCCCGACGACCACCACCCGCCACGUCCUUCGUUAUACUAUCGGUUAUCGAGUCAGCUAGAUGCCGACCUGUUUCCCUGCCUCGCAGCCCGUUCUCGAGAGCGUCUCAAGGCCCAAGAAGCUUCGUGGACAGCGGGUGAGUUCCUUCUGAGUAGUUCGCUGUUGACGGUCUAUUUAACUGGUCGGCUUACUCCUGUCAAGACCGCUGUUGCGUGCGCACUGGGCAUUCCCGAGCUUCUGAUGUUAUUCAUACUUGAGGCCCAUCGAUCUCAAGUGGGCAGUAGGGAGGGCGUUCCCGUAGCUUUCACGCUACAGGCCGUGUGCCGCAGCUUCCGCGCGGCUGUUCUGGCGACGCCAGGGGUCUGGACACGCAUUACAAACUUGAGCAACACCAGACUCACGAAACUCUACGUGACCCGAUCCAGGCAACAUCCGCUCGUGCUAGCUCUGCGACCUGAUCCUAUGCGCACUAUCGCGUGGCGACAGGGCUUCGAAAUUCUUCGACCACAUCUGCGAAGGGCCAUCGUCAUCGAUAUCGACUGCGAGACGUUUCUCAUCGAUUGGCGUGCAGUCUUCGGGAGCCCUCAGUGGGCCGCCUUGACGGAUAUCACACUGUCGAACAACUAUUCUCUCGGCUCGGAUGCGUUUGGCGGGCGCGCCCCUCCCUCGCUGCGAGCGGUUAGUCUUACCCGAUGCAGGAUUGACCGCAAUUCGUCAGUCUUUCAUGCUCGUCUCACCGAGCUGGUCCUCGACAGAUGCCACUUCAAGUUUGACGCUGCUGCCCUGCUGGAGAUAUUGAGAGGUUUACCCUUGUUAACAAUGCUGGCUUUGAAGAGCACGUGGCACCACCGAGGUCAUCCCGUCGAUACAGAUAUACUGCGUUCAAACGCAGUCACACCACUCGUACAUCUCCAAAGCUUGCAACUGGGCGGCCCCUUUGAACAAGUCAUCUACACCAUAGUCAAUUUGCGUAUACCGGAAGCGUGUGCCGUCUACGUCGAGAUCGAGUUGGCCGGACUGGAGGCAAGAUCGACGGAUGUUGUCUGCGCCGCUCUCGACGUGGCCAUUCACAGCCACAUUCUGAAGGCGUCGACGUCCGGAAAUGUCAAAGGGACUUUCAAGGAGUGCGAGCUCGUCUUUGAUUCUUAUCGCCCUCCCCACGAGAUGUCUAUCUCACUCCGCCGUUUGAACGGUGCGGAGUCGGAGCAGAGAUCCUUUCGGUUAACUCUCUCCGCAUGGGAUCGCGAGUGGUCGGAGUCAACCGACAUACUGGAAAGAGUCCUGAUGUGGGAUAGCUUUCGGGAAGUCGAGUUCUUCCGGGGAGACCGAGUGCCGCGCACGAGCCGUGUGUGGGCAAACAUUCUGCGCUCGCUGCCCUCGCUGGGGCGCUUACGGGUGGACCAUGUUGCCUUCGACCUUGACGCGGUCUUAUCUGAGAUCCCAGACACCGACUGCGCGUCACGACUGACUACCGUAAUCCUGGGUGACGUGCAUCUAGACGAAGAAUAUCCCGCAUUCUUAGAGUGGAUCUCUCGACAGCGCUCUGACGCAGGCCUCCCCGGGAAGAAUCUGCUCAUACAAGGGGAUUCUACAGUCUAUGGAAGAGGCAUCGUAGAACCUUGCGCGCUCUGUCUUCUGUGA